AACAAAAUAAACAGUAACCUAGCAAAACCCGGAACAGACGACGUGUGUAGAAUCAGUUGACGAAGUGUUAGCUACAAAACAAGUUUUUGGACUUGACUGCUGGAUAGUUUGUAAACUUCGUUGUUUCUUAAUCGAUUGAGUCAAACAGAACCUAAAUCUAAUAUUUGCAAAUAGCCUACUAUUGGAUUCAUCACAUUCGAGGAUCACAGAGAAGUUGACCAUGCGAAGAAUAGUAUUUAAACUUCUUCUGCUGACAAUAGUGUUCGUCAGCCAAGUCAGAAGCCAGAAUGCCACUAAAGCAUGGGCAAAGAAAAAAGCGGACAUUUUCUUUCUGGCUGACUGUUCGGGCAGCAUUUGGAUUGUUGAUUACCGGACGCAGCUUAAGUUUAUAACGAAUCUGGUGUCCGAGAUGGACAUAGGCCCGGACGCCACGCGCGUUGGCGUGGGGCUUUACAGUGAGACAAUGACAGUGUACAUUCCUCUCAACAAUACGAUGACCAAGGCUCAGCUGAUGCAGGCCAUAGAAGCGGCCCCGUUCUAUGCGGGAAACGGCUACAUCUCUAGAGGUAUAGAUGGAAUGCGAAGAGUGGGGCUGUCAACAGCUCUCAGGAGAACAGAUGUUCCCCUUAUCUCUGUACUGUUCACAGAUGAUGCAGCAAGACAUCUCCAGUUCGCUAUGGACAACGCAACUCUGGCCAAGAAAGAAGGUAUCACAAUGUUCACUGUCUCAGUUGGAAGAAAUGUUGGCAGAAACGAGCUGAGGUUGUACUCCAGUGACCCUUAUGAAAACUACAUAUUUGAAAUAGAUAACUUCAAUUCCUUUGACACUAUCCGAUCAUCCUUGUCCAGCAGUGUAUCACAAGUUGAACAUGUGUUGAAUGACAAGGGAACAUGUGGUGAGAACACUCAUAUGGAUGUACUGUUUCUGUAUGAUGAGUAUGCACAUGGAAAAUUGGCCUCUGGCAAGAUUAAGAGAUUCCUGCAGAACUUCUCUGAAGACCUGAGCAUUAAUACUGGGAAUGUUAGAGUUGGAGUUGUGUCAAAGACUUGUCACGAGGGAGAAAUCACAUUUAUCCAGCAUUUGAAGCGAGAAAGUUUUAUUCAAAAGUUAAAUGAAGAUAAUGGACCAGACAUUAGCACAUUGCUUAAGCACAUCAGACGAUAUUUUUUUGUUGACACUGAGUAUGGGGCUCGAGAUUUUGCCAAGAGAAGACUUGUGGCAUUCCUACAUGGAGACAUCAGCAAUAAUAGGGAAAUCAUCAAUGAGUUUUUGAGAGCAAAAUUUCAAUUAAUAGAGGUACAUAUUGUGUUCAUUGUAAAUUUAAACACUGAUUACAACAAAGCAACUCUAGAGAGAAUAGCUUCAGGCUCAGACCAUGUCUUGUAUUUGAGCUCUGCUGAUGAUUUAUUAAAACAUAAAAAAGAAUUUCUUGGAAUGUUUUGUAAAGAUGUGUAACACUAGGAGUUACAAAACACACACGCUAAACAAACUUAAAAGUUUGAAAACAUUGGGACAAGAUGUUUGAUACUCAUGUUCACAUACAGAUAACGUAUCUCAUCCAUUCUACCCGUUCACAGUUUUUCAAGCAAUUCAUUUGCUCAGGAAAAACUAAGCUAAUGAAAAAAACCCAGAAAGAAUGGAAAUGCUUGAGUCAGUCAUUUGGAAUGCAACCCAGCAAGAAACUCACAUUUACCUCAUGAUCAUUGAUUGGAUUUACCCCUCUAACAUUCCAUGAUAAUUUGUUAUUUAAUUGUUGUUGAUGAUAUACUCAUUUUUUUUUUUAAUAUAGAUUGGCUCCCAUAUGUUUAUUUUCAUAGUUUUUUUUUAAAUAUACAUAUAUAUAUAUAGGCCUAUAAAUUUGACAAAACUGAUGUGUAGAGAUUUAGUUCACUGUUAGUUUGAAAUAAAUUCAUUAAAUAAAUAAAUGUGUCUACAACAAAGUAUAUUUUUUUUCUUUUUUAAGUUAUCAAGUUUUAUAUUUAACUUACAGUUUUAUAGAAAAACAAAAGGUUUUACGUUUAGCAAGAUAAAUUCUAAAAAUAAAUGUUUACUAAUCUAAUAGAAUUGUGACCCCACACUUUUUGUUGUUUGAUAGUAUUAGCAUUCUUGUUGUUUUGCUGUGUACAGUAGAUUGAGUUCAAAUCCUAGAUGUAGCUCUCUAGUCAUAGAUGUAGCUCUUGUCAUAGAUGUAGCUCUCUAGUCAUAGAUCUAGGUUUCUAUCCAUCUCUAAUAUAUUUGAAUGCUUUUUGCAUAGAAUCAUGAAUGUAAUGUUUUCAAUUUAACAAUGAUGUUACCUACUGUUUUAAACCAAUCCAAUACAACUUUUGUGCCUAUUAGUGGAAUUGAUGAAACCAAAUUUGAAAAAAAAUUUAUGUUACAAUAUACACAAAAAAACAACAUUUGCAUUUAUAAAAAGACAAGAAAGCAUUAGAUACUUGAAGGGAGUGUCAUUAUUUUAUUACUUUAAUGCUCAGAAAACAAACAGUAGAAUACAUGUGAUUUUGUUUUUAUUUAGAGUCUGAUCUGAUUGUAUGAAUUUCUUUAUUAAAAGCACUUCCCAAAAGAUCCUAGAUGUGUAUUGAAUGAUUUAUAAUAAAUAAUUAAAGGUUUGCUACUGAUAUUUAUACUAUAUAGGUAGGCCUAUGCUUAGGUUUGAUAAGUUCACAGACACAAAAAUGUGUCCCUUUAAAUUGAGUAAACCUUAAGAAAUGUUUAUUAUUGCACCUAAGAAAGAUAAUUCAGCAAAUAAUAUAAAGUAGCAUUACUUUUAACAAUAGCUUCCCUUGCGUUUCGGUGUUCUGAACUAUAAGGAGCCUGUUAUUAAGUUGCCUCCCUGCAUAUAUUUUUUUAAACUACAAUGACAUACUGUAAGUCUUUUUUUUGUUUUUGUUUUUAAUUUUAAUAUAUUCAUGCUUCUUUAUUUCAAAUGAGCUAAAAUAUAGCCGCAUAAUAUUCUAGUUUAUAAUAUUUCAUUGUUGCAACGCACAGAUGCAUUUUCUACAAUUAGGUUUGGUCAUUGUAAAUCCCUAAACAAAACCUACAAUGAGGUCGAUUUAUAUCUUUUACACACUUUCUAAUCACAACAUUCUUCCCUAUCCACUUGGUGUGCUCUGGAAGAUAUCCUUUAAUUUCUUGGUUGGUAAAAUAUCCUCUAUUUGUAAACUGAAACUAUUUUUCUUUUACUUUUUUUUUGUUCGAAAUGUUUGUUUAUUUAUUUAGUUAGUAUUUUGAGAAUGACUCGGACAUUCUAGAAGUAGUAUUCAUUACGUUCAAAUAUUUAUUUUUAAAAAUACGAUUUGGCAUGAUUGUGUUUUGUCUAAUGGCCGCAAUAUAAUCGAUUUCAACUAA